AUUGCUUCCUGUUUGCUUGGAUGCAGAGGAGACAGUGAAUUUAAAUUAAACUUUACAUCUUGUGGCUAUAAAUGUCUCACUGAAGCACCAUCAGUCCCUGCCUGAUCAUCUGAGUUGAGUCAGAUGUAACUGGCUGAACAUUAUUUUUUUUUUGUUUGUUUAAAAUGUCGUCUUUCGGCACUUAGGCAACAUAGAUAAUGAAAACAUUAUAUACUUCAUCAUUCUAAUACUAAUUUAAAGAAUAACAUUUUGAAUGUUUGUGUAUUUCAAUAUCGCUCAAUAUGUAUCGAAUAUGAAAACUUGACAACACUACCUUUGUGCACCUGGGGCCUUGAUACCACCAUCGGUAUUGAUGUUGAAUAAUGCGACUGUAAUGAGUUUGAGCUCUUAGAUUAUUUUCUUUAGCUAUUUACACCAUUUUAUUGUAUCUUUCACUGAAAGAGAUACUUUAUUUGUUUUUGUAUCCACUUAUUUCUUGAACCUUCAUUCUGCUUGAUUGACAUAAAACAAAGGGUUUCGUAAGCAUGCGGCCUCUGACUGGAUGAGGGUCUCUUUGCUCAAUAUUUUGGCAUGGGUGGAGUUUUCUUUUUUGGGGGGGGCGGUGUGGGGGGGUAUUCUCGAAGAUGAGCGCAGUUAGAAGCGGGGUUUUGCGCUGUUGUGGGAGUGAACACAGCUAACUCGCUUCCCGGCUAAUGGAGGCAGCUCCUCUCAUUCCCUUUAAAAAUCAGCAUGUGAGAGGCAUACACUCAUUUUUUGACAGUGCAAAAGCAGGAAUUUGACUCUGGAGGCCAUACAGAAGAUCACCACCACCACUGUUCAGUUAAGAAGACUUUAUUAGAGCUCAGAAUUGGGGCGGUCACAGUCCUGUUCACAUUUCAUCCAGACAGCGUUGAGCCGGAGACAAAGUCUUAAGACUCUCCUCACUGUUCAUGGGACAUCAGAAUACAACGGUUUAAGAUGGAUCAAGCAAGUCACGUGCAGUCCGGAUAUGAACCUUUCGUCCUCUUUGGUGCUUUACUGAUGAGAUUAAACGAUGCCGCUGUCAGGGCAAUGUCCCGUGUCCGUCAGAGGGCCAUGCAGGGCCUCACUGUGUUCUCCAUGCUGGCGCUGCUCCUUUGGAUCUCCGCCUUUAUGUACGGGAGCUUCUACUACUCCUACAUGCCUCUGGCAGCUUAUUCAACUCCGGUGCACUAUUACUACAGGAUAGACUGUGACUCUCCAAACUCUUUCAUGUGCUCGUAUCCCGUGGCCAAUGUCUCUCUGAUGAGAAACAACAGACCUGUGUUGACAUUCGGCCAGGCCUAUCAAAUAACACUCCAGUUAGACAUGCCUGAUUCUGAGACCAACCAGGAGAUUGGGAUGUUCAUGAUCAGGACAACCUGCUUCUCUCGUGACGGAGGCCAAGUGGCGACGUCCGCUCAUUCCGCGAGGCAGCUGUCAUCCGCUUCCAGCUCUCGUUUUAGCAUACUGCGAUACCAGUCAAACCUUCUGAGGACCAUGUCAACUUUGCUGUUCCUCCCGAUGUUCAUGACUGGAGUUGCUGAGCAGAAGCAAGUGUUGGAGGUGGACCUCUUCUCAGAAUACACAGAUGACCCAUACUCCCCCUCGACCACAGCAGUCAUUGAGAUCCUAUCCAGCAAGGUGCAGAUCUACUCGUCCCAGCUCUACAUCCAUGCCCAUUUCACUGGUAUCAGGUACUUGUUGUUUUACUUCCCUGUCCUGUCAGCUGUCUUGGGCAUGUCCAGUAAUUUCAUCUUCCUCAGCGUCCUCUUCAGCUACAUGAGGCUGCUGUUGAGCAGACCAGAGCAGGCCCAAAUAAAUGCAGCAAGCAGAUUGGGAAAUGGUGACAACCACAAUAUGCCUACUUAAGGCGUUUUUAUCUGUAAGCUGUUUGUGAAUGAUGACCAGCCCUCUCCUCAGCAUGAAAAGACAUUUUGUAUGCAUCCAUUGAAAGUAGUAAUGUAUUCCUUCGCUCUUGUUCUGUCACAUUCUAUGAUCAUUUAUUCCUGGAUUUUACUUGAGCUGCACAGAAGUAAAUUAAAGGUCCGGGUGACUCAUUUCCUCGCAGUAGUUAUUUUGCAUUUUAUAAAGAUUCUGCUAAAUGGGGAAUGUCUGGAAUUGAAAACACAUCACAUCACUUACAUCACUGUCAGAAGGACUGUCCUGCAAUUAUUUUUGUUUGUAUUCAAAUAUUUGUUCCAUAAAAUUGUGUAAAUUUAUCCUUGACUGUA